AUGAGCGGUAACGGUGUUAACGAUAGAAAUGUGCUAGAAGUACCACAGCUGCCCAUUCCGGGCGAGAACAACUCGAAGUUGUCGAAAAAUGAGACCAGAGUGACAUAUGAUACGUCCAAUCAGCAGCUGGUUGGACCGGGGAAGAACGGAAUGGACCUGUAUUUCGAUCAGGCGCUGGAUUACAUGGGCAAACAUCCCGUGGCGACUGGAUUUGGCGCCUUUUUGACGCUGUAUGUGGUUGCAGGUGCUUACAAGUCUAUCAGCACGAGGAUUAGUGGUGGGAGUGCUUCUAAGGCGUUCCUCAAGGGUGGUUUCGACUCUAAGAUGAACGCCAAGGAGGCGUUCCAGAUUUUGAACCUGAACGAGGCGAAUCUCAACAAGAAGAAGCUGAAGGAGGUGCAUAGAAGAAUAAUGUUGGCGAACCACCCCGAUAAAGGUGGAUCGCCCUAUGUGGCCACCAAGAUCAACGAGGCAAAGGAUUUUCUGGAGAAGAAAGUUUUGAGGAAAUGA